AGGAGUGUGGAGAAUGCUGCACCUGGACCCCGUAACUACAUCAUCGUGGCCUCCACCUAUAGACCAAACAAGUCCGGAGAUUUCUUUAUGCGCAUUUUCUCCAAGACUGGAAACACUCUGGGUACUCAGGACUUCACUUGCUCCUCUGGCUUCCUCCCUGUUAUGGCCACUCCUGUCCUCCCGGAGGAUCACGUGAGAGUUCAGCAGACUUUUGAAGAGGAAGCUGGCCCAGAUGACAAAGUGAACGCCAAGGAGCUCAUGAAUCUGUUUAACUCAGUUUUGGAGAAAGAUUACCAUCUGCCUCUGGAGACAUGCAGACAGCUGAUCUUUGGAGAGGAUACAAAAGGGCGCCCUAGUCUCAACCGUAAACAAACAGAAACCCUGCUGUCCAAUCUGCGCACUCUGCAGUCCAUCUUCUUCCAGUAUGACGAGGACUCCUCCGGCACUAUGAGCCCCUUUGAACUAAGCACAGCGUUGGAAGCUAUUGGGAUGAAGUGUGAUGGUCAAGUGGCUCAUCUGCUGUCUGCACGCUUCGCAUCUGGAGAGCUUCACAUGCCCUUCCAUGGCUUUGUGUCCUGUGUCACAAGACUGCGCAAGCUUUUUGCUCUGUUUGAGUCAGAGAGCAGUCAAGAGGUCAAAGACAGAGGCAUUAACUCUUGGCUGCUUCAGUUCCUGAUAUUGUGAAGAUGCUUUAUGAAGAGGGUCAUCAUUUAAAAAAAAAAAAAAAAACCCAGCUAAUCCACAGUCUGCUGUUCCUUCUGAAACAUAAACAAUACAUAUAAACAUAUACAUCUUUUACAUCCGUUCACCCAUAUGUGCCUUAUUCUAAAGGAACAGCUGUGGAUUUCCUCUGCUAUCUAUCCCUUAGUCCUGAUUGUAGGCUCCAUAUAAAUAAAAGGUUCAAGGUCUAACAUACAACACAGGAACACACAGUUAUAUGAAACAAGCACCUUCUCCAUCCAGGCUUCCCAUACAGUUUGGUUUCGUUAGUUUUUUGGAAGGGACAGUGUAUAUUAAUAAAUAAACAUGCAAACAUGACAGAAUCAGCCAAAAGGAUUUUGUUCUGUAGUCCACGGCCAAGGUUUUCACAGGGAACACAAAAGCAGGGCACACGGUUUAAAGAGACAGAACACACAGUUAAGGGAGAAACUAUGAGGUUUUAUAACUAUUUUUUUUAAAGCGCUAUAAAAGAAAUAUGGGCCAUUAAUCAGAGCAGUGUAUAUUAAAUUAACACUUAACAAAAAGAUGAAUGAAAACAAUUAUUAAAUAUUCAUGUUUGAGG